CAUUGGCAGAGACAUACACGCAGGAAGCAAGCAUAAACACCCACAAUUAAGACACAAGUUUCUCAUAGUUUAAAUAGAUAUGGAUUAGAGUGAAGACUCCUCUGAAGUACAAUUCUCUACUGAUAACAUGGUGUCCGUCUGGAGAUGGCUGCUGGCGAACAGAAAAUAUUUAAUCAUCUUUUUGACUCCACUCAUUUUUAUCCCCCUGCCUUUAGUAUUGUCAGCAAAAGAAGCAAGCUGUGGAUAUGUGAUUGUUCUAAUGGCUUUAUUCUGGUGCACAGAGGCCCUCCCGCUUGCUGUCACUGCACUAUUUCCAGUUGUGCUAUUCCCUAUGAUGGGUAUCAUGGACUCAACAGCGGCUUGCAGCCAGUAUCUAAAAGAUACCAACAUGCUUUUCAUCGGUGGGCUGCUGGUGGCCAUAUCGGUAGAGAAAUGGAAUUUGCAUAAACGGAUUGCCCUAAGGGUUUUGCUCCUUGUUGGAGUCAAGCCAGCCCUGUUGCUUCUGGGGUUCAUGGUGGUUACAGCCUUCUUGUCCAUGUGGAUCAGUAAUACAGCCACCACUGCCAUGAUGAUACCAAUAGCCCAGGCUGUCCUGGAGCAGCUUUACACUUCAGAAGAAAAACUAGAAGAGGGUUCAACAGCCUUCGAUAAUGUCAAUCAAAACGAAAAUAAAACAAACGGAGGCACCAAACUGACUUUUGAGGAUAAAGUAACCAAGGAAUUCAAAGCAGAAGAUAAUCAGGGAAAUGGAAACAUUAACCAGGCAUUUGAAAUGUAUGAAAAACACAUAGAUUCUGAUCUAAUUAAACAGGAGAAGCCAAGUGUCACAUCAGUUGAGAUGGAUUUAGAGGAUGAAAAAUCAAAGCAGGAGCGACAAUCUUUGAGAAAACAGAAGCAUCAGAAAUUGUGCAAAGGAAUGAGUCUUUGUGUAUGUUAUGCUGCCAGCAUCGGGGGCAUCGCAACACUAACAGGAACUACGCCAAAUCUAGUUAUGAAAGGACAGAUGGACCAGUUGUUCCCUGGAAACGAUAAUGUAAUAAAUUUUGCUUCAUGGUUUGGAUUUGCCUUCCCUACAAUGAUAUUGUUACUUGCUCUCGCCUGGAUCUGGCUACAGAUUAUGUUUCUGGGAACCAAAUUUAGGGAGAAUUUUGGCUGUGGCGGAAAACCAGAACAAAAGGAGAAAGAAAAGAGAGCAUACAAAGUCAUCUUUGAGGAGCACAAGAGCCUGGGAUCCAUGACAUUCGCAGAAAUCUGUGUCUUGGUUCUUUUCACCUUGUUGGUUAUUUUAUGGUUCACUAGAGAUCCAGGUUUCAUGCCAGGAUGGGCAACUAUCAGCUUUAACAAAGGUGGAAAAGAGUAUGUCACAGAUGCUACCGUUGCUGUAUUCAUAGCACUUAUGUUGUUUCUUUUUCCAUCUGAAUUCCCAUCAUGUAAAGCCCAAGACCCAGAGCAGACAGGCAAAAAAAUAAGAAUCCGUGUACCACCACCUCUCUUGGACUGGAAGACUGUAAACGAGAAGAUGCCCUGGAACAUCGUCAUCCUGCUGGGAGGAGGCUUUGCUUUAGCUAAGGGCAGUGAGGAUUCUGGGUUGUCGACCUGGCUUGGAGAAAAGCUCACGCCACUGCAGAGUAUUCCCCCAGCUGCUAUUGCUCUAGUCUUGUGUCUGCUGAUUGCUACAUUCACAGAAUGUACCAGUAAUGUAGCGACAACUACACUGUUCCUACCGAUCCUGGCAUCCAUGGCAAAAGCAAUAGAACUGAAUCCAUUAUACAUAAUGCUUCCAUGCACACUCUCUGCCUCUUUAGCCUUUAUGCUACCAGUGGCCACACCUCCAAAUGCUAUAGCCUUUGCAUAUGGGCAGCUCAAGGUUGUGGAUAUGGCAAAAGCAGGAUUUUUACUGAAUAUUAUAGGAGUGCUUGUUAUCACAUUGUCCAUUAACACCUGGGGAUAUUACAUGUUCAACCUACAAACCUUCCCUUCCUGGGCAAAAUCCACCAUAAAACCCUGACGGCCUUUGAUAUUAUGUGGACAAGUACUGUAUAUAGUGAUCUGGCAGCUUAAAAAUGGCAGCUAUUUACAAGAACAAGGACAUAUUACAUGCACAACCCCAAAUAAUGCACUGAUGAAACAGUCUGCGUAUCAUCAAGUACAGCAUGCCAGGAUUUCAGGAUGUCCCAAUAAGAAAACCUGCAAUUUAAAAAAAAAAGAAAAAAAAAAGGUGAAGGGGCUUGCCCACUUACUAAGAACUUUGAUGCCUGGGAAUGCAUCUUAAAAUAUCACAUGAUUAAAACCGCUUAACUAUCUGUUUACUUUAUUGGUCUGCAGACAUUUUUCUGUUUAUUCAGAACUAUAUAAAUGUUAAUGAUUUACUUACAACAUGAGCAAUACAUCUCAGGCAUCAGUAAACACAGUACAGGGUAUCUAUGUAUAACAUGUUUGUGUACACAUGUAUAAAAUGUUACUAUCUUCAGAGCAACAUAUUGUAACAACAGUCAUGGUAACAAUAAAUUAAUAUAUUUCUUAACUUA